AUGUCAAUCCCAGGCUUGGGUCAGAUUCCGGCACAGACCGUGGCCUCGUCGACACGCACGAUUGUGCUCAAACCAGCCUGGGAGUGGCGAUUCGAAGUCCCCAUCGGCAGGGCCGUCGUCGUCAAGCUGCUCUCCGGAACGGCGGAAAAGGACGGCGUCGAGCUGGCCCUCCGCAACGCCUACCGCUUCGCGGGCGUCAAGUCCAAGAUCCUCACCUGGCACGGCUGCGAGCUCGAGGUCGACGGCCGCUGCGACGACGACUUUGUCGCCGAGUACGCCACCCCGCCCGCCAACCCGGCCAACUCGCACAUCAACCUGCACGCCCGGCUGAGCGAGAUGCGCGACGCGGCCGCGCGCGACAGGCGGGCAGGGCCGCGCGUCCUGAUCGCCGGCCCGCCCGGCACGGGCAAGACCACGCUGGCCAGGACGCUGGCCAGCUACGCGACGCGCCAGGGCCACGGGCCCAUCCUGGUCAACGCCGACCCCAGGGAGGGCAUGCUCAGCCUGCCGGGCUCCCUGAGCGCCGGCGUCUUCGCGACCGUCAUGGACCCCGAGGCCCCGGACGGCUGGGGCUCCACGCCGACCAGCGGGCCGAGCGCCGUGCCCGUCAAGCUGCCCCUGGUGUACUACUACGGCAGGAGCUCGCCCGAGGACGACGCCGACUUUUACAGGGAGCUGGUCAGCAGGCUUGCCGGCACGGUCAGCGGGCGGCUGAGCGAGGACGAGGGCGUGCGCAGCUCCGGCGUCAUCGUGGACUCUACGGGCAUGAGCGAAAAGAGCAAGAUUGGCACCGAUCUACUUGCUCACAUUGCGGAGGAGCUCUCGGUCAACUUGAUUGUGGUUCUGGGCUCGAAUCGGAUCAACGUCGAGCUGAGCAAACGCUUCGCAGCCGAGCGCACCAGCCUAGGCGAACCCAUCACCAUCAUUGGACUGGACCGCUCGGAAGGCGUGGCAGAAAGAGACGACGUGUUUCUGGAGCAUUCGCGAGAGCAGGCCAUCAAGGAGUACUUUUUUGGGGAUAAAAAAAUGUCCCUGAGCCCCCAGAUCCAACAGGUUGAUUUUGAUGCGCUCGUAAUAUACAAGGCUUCCGACUACUCCGCCUACGAGCAGGGCAAGCUGGUUCGCGAAGACCCAUCGGCCACCAUGCAGCAUUGGACUCUGGCGGUGAUGCAUGCCUCGGUAAAGGAUGCCCCCGAGGUGGUGAGGGCGGCUACGGUGAUGGGGUUCAUGUAUGUAUCCGAUGUGGACGAGGAGAGGAGAAAGAUCAAGUUGCUCGCUCCUGUGGGGGGGAGGAUAGGCGAUCGGCCGCUUGUUAUGGGUAGUUGGCCUGAGCCGUACAUUAAUUUAUUGGGGUAG